AGAGAAGAGAGGCAUUAUCCCUUACGACGAGGAAGCCGUCGUUUUGAGGGUUUUUAUUUUGCUUGGCACACACCGUUCCUUCCAAUCUCCUGAGAUCUCAUUCUUCAAAGUUCAAAGCCUCCCUUUUUCUCGGUCCGGCGUCGUUUUGAUUCAUUCAUUCAAAGUUCAUCUCUGUUCCGCGCUGUUUUCAGGUGAGUGAGUGUGUUGAUGCUUAUGGACGUUAUAACGAAUCCUGGUCCACUUAAGGACAUUGUCCUUUAUGAUCAAGAGAAACAUGUCUCCUCUGCUGUCUGGGAUGGCCAGGAGCGAGGUGCGUUGAGGUGUCAUGAGCACACUUCUAAGCUGAGCGAGUGGAAGCUCAACUCGAAGCAGAUUGAGUUAGUGGAGAGAGCCGGUUUCGGGUAUUUGAGACGUAUCCCCGCCAUUAGUCUCGACAACCCUCUCAUCUCUGCUUUGGUCGAGCGAUGGAGGAGAGAGACCAACACUUUCCACUUCACCGUCGGUGAAAUGACUGUAACCCUCGAGGACAUUGCCCUCUUGCUCGGGUUAGGGAUCGAUGGCAAACCCGUGAUUGGGUUUACGUACACGACUUGUUCUUCGGUUUGCGAGAGGUACUUAGGACAGGCCCCUGAUCCUAAUUACGCUAGCGGUGGGAUGGUGAAGCUCAGCUGGUUGAAAGAGACUUUCUCUUUCUGUCCUGAUGACGCUUCUUUUGAGGAAGUCGAGAGGCGUACACGUGCUUACCUCUUGUACCUGGUUGGGAGUACCAUCUUCUCUACCACCACUGGAAACAAGGUGCCUGUUAUGUAUCUCCCGCUCUUUGAGGAUUUUGAUGAUGCUGGAACGUUUGCGUGGGGUGCAGCUGCUUUGGCUUUUUUGUAUAGAGCGCUUGGGAAUGCUUCUGUUAGAUCCCAAAGCACCAUAUGUGGUUGCUUGACGCUGUUACAGUGUUGGAGUUACUAUCACUUGAACAUUGGCCGGCCAAGGCUGAACCGUGAGCCAGUCCAUGAUCAUUUCCCAUUUGUGCUUAGGUGGAAGGGGAAGCAAAACGGUCCAACAGCAAACCGUGAUGUGGUGUUUUACCGGAAAUCUCUGGACGUCUUGAAGCCAACUGAUGUGGAGUGGCUGCCGUAUGAAAAUCUGGAUGGUAGAUAUAUACCAGAACACAUAAGAAACUCUCUGCAGUUAGGUAGAUCAAGAACAAUGCUGGUAUCUUUUGACAAGGCGGAGAGACACCUACCUGAUCGCUGUCUGAAGCAGUUUGGUUUGUUUCAAGGCAUCCCAGAGGAUGUGCCGAAGUGGGUAAGAAAGUCCCGUGGAGUCGACGGAGGCAUUGACCUCUCAACUAAAAUGGAAGCAGAGCUAAACGAAUGGGAAUUGCGUUGGGACAGUAUCGUGCCUGAUGACGUUCUUGGUGUUGUUGAAGCAGACUACAUGAGGUGGUAUCUAGGAAUCACCCGUAAAGUCGUGGGAAGGCCCAUCUCUCUCUCAAGCGAGUUUCAAAGAACGAUUACAAAUGUGAGGGAUAUAUUGGAGUUGGCUGAGAAUUUUCCGACACAUGAUUUGGACCUUGAAAGAGGGAACAUGAUGGCACGGAUUAUCAGCCUUGCGCAAGAUUGUCUGAGAGAUCAAGUUGGAGUGACGCCAACGGAGAGCCAGCAGCAGAUAGAACUUGGGAAAAGGAUGAGAGGUAAAGAAAGGGUGAGAAGGAAAGGGACGGGGAAGAGAAGGAAAGGCAUUGAUCCAAUGGAAGACUAUGGAGGUAGUGAAGAUGAAUCACAGUUUGGACCUGUCCUUGAGGUUGAUCAGCUGCAUUUACCACUUACCCACCAUCACGGCAACUCGGUGUACGAUGGAACGCAUAUGUACGAUCCUGUCACCAAAGUGGAUGACAUGGAGCUUUGCGACGAGAUACCUCAGUUGCCAGAGGCUCAAGAGAUGAACAAGAUUGAUGGGUCGUCGCUGGAUGUUGUUGGUACAAGCAAUGCGAUGACCGGUGAGGAGAGCCUAGGGGAACUGCCUGAGAGCUAUGAUGUGAAGAGAGAAGAUAGAGAAUCAAAGGCAGAAGGCAAUGAUGCAGCAAAGGAAAGUAAUGAAGAAAACGUGAACAACAGAGAGGAAGAAGAUGGAAUAGACAUGGGAGAAAAUGUUGCAGAAUCGUCUUCACUUGGAAGAAGAGGAGAGAACUCUGUUGUGGCUUGACUAAGAAAGGCUGCAGAGAGGAAGCUGAGUUAGUUUUUCUGUUUUGUUUAUUUAAACCUCUUUUUGUUGAAGUACUGUCUUUUUCUUUCUGUUAGAAGUAUGUUCAUUUUUCCUGUAAAAGAGGUUACAGAAAAAAGAAGCAUCAAACA